AUGUUCGAAAAGUGCGUUACCUACCAGAAGAGGAUAGAAUAUAGUGAUUCAGCUACAGAGUUAUUUGAAGAAGAUGAAGCAGCUUUAAGACAAAAAUGUAGAUUCAUAGAGAAUCAAACAAUGGCACAUAUAUACAUAAAGUUAUGUAUAAACACCUUUCAAAGAGAUCAUCAACCCCAACCUCAAAACAACGGAUCAGAUAUACAAACAUCAGACAACCAUUCAAAUGAAAAAGAGAAUGGUAAAUCAGUGGGUAAUGAUAUUGGAAAGGGUAAAAAGAAGACUGAUAAAAUAGUUUUAUUGAUUCCUAAUGAGGUUGAUGAAGAUGAAAAUUCAACAUUGGUAGUUCAUGUAGAGGUUAAAAAAGAAGAUUUCCUUAAAAAACAGGAGUUGUAG